AUGCGUUGUGUACGCCGAUUGCCUCAAGAGAAAUUACAAGAUGUGUGUUCAUCCUCACUCACACUAUCCACACGUUGUGUGAUCCAGUCCAAUAGUGGUAAAGGUAUUCGUAGUAUAUUAGAUCAAUAUGAUGACUUUCGCCUCAUUCAACAAUUACGCCGUAAUGGUAAUGGUAAUUACUAUCGCUAUCAACAGAAACUAUGGCCAGCGACAGAGACAUUAGAGAAGGCAUUGACAGAAGAAUUAUACAGCUCUACAGAACGUACACCAUUACAAUUAUUACCACAACCGAAAAGUUCUUUAGCGACUCGUCGGCUUAUCUUUGAAGGAUCUGGCACUACAGCAUUAUUAGAAGAUGUACAGAGUUCAAUAUCAGAGAAUAUAAAUAAUGAAAAAGAAAAGGAAAAUCAAAAUUCUAUUACAUCUUCUGAUGAUAGUAUGGAGUCAAUGUUGGCAGAUGCAUUGGGAGCAGAUCAAAGUAUUAGUAAUAAAAUAUUAACGGAGAGAGAUCUACAAGGUACAAUAUUGGAGUCCGCAUGUGAACGUGCUAGAAAUAUUAUAGAAGAAGAUCUUCGAGUAAAUGAAUUAUUAUCAUUAUCUUCUUCUUCUUCUUCUUCUUCUUCUAUUGGUUCUUCUACAGCGGCAUUAGCCCUUCAGCGAACCAUUCCUUCUGCGAAAGAUGCCGGUGGUGUGGUGUGGGAGGCAUUGGGAUUAGAUCCUUUACUGAGUAAUAGAGCACAGACAAAGUAUGGUCCAACACCUUCACGAUUACAAUCUCGUCUCUUACCAGCUCUUUUACAUGAAGAUCAUAAUGAUAUUGUUUUUAAUGGUGUUACGGGAAGUGGAAAAACAAGUGCACUUCUUCUUGCAAUGUUACAAUCUGUUCGAUCGGAAUCUGCAGGUAUAAAUAUAUUUGUAGCUCAUGAUACCAUGACAGCCUUACGGGUAUAUGAUCAAUUUAAAUCUAUAUGUGGAUCAUUAGGUGGAUCUUUAGUGGACCGUCCACGUGAUGAUUGGUCUUGGAUAUUUCUUGGAACUUUUAGAGAUGAUUAUGAAAAAUAUUAUCAUAUUCUUAAACGUUCACUUAAUAGUGAACAUGGUCCUGUUCGUAUUUUUAUUACUACAGCAGAUACAAUGUGUCAAUUAUUAUUUGAAAAAAAGAUGGAAUUUGAAGCUUUUGGAUAUCUUCGUCGUGUUUAUGUAGAUGAUAUUGGUGUACAAAUACCAAUGUUACCUCCUAAUGCUCCAGUGGCUGAAAUGCGAGAACGAUUACGAAAUCCACUGGCUUGUGAAUUACUUUUAGGAACUCUUCAUCAACUUCCUGGUCCUCAUAUUCGAUCUAUUUUACAACUUGGACUUGUUUCUGCAGAUAUGGAUAUACAACUGAAAGAUCACUUAAAAUCUCUUUGUUUAAAAAUGGAACGACAUACGAUUGUUCUUUCACCUGUACGUGUUCCUUCUACUAUACAUUGUCUUUUUAGUUUUCAUCUACAAUAUGAGGAUGUGUAUGAGUAUACGGCCAAACUUAUUUGGAAUGCAAAGGAAACUAUUCCAGGUAGAGGUGUUAUCUUUGUUCGUAGUGAAGAUGAUAUUCUUAAAGUUCGAACAAAAUUACGUGGUUGUGGUAUGAAUGCUAAAAUCUUUUCAGAAAUAUAUUAUAAUGGGGAAUUUAAAGAAGAAUGGAAAUUUUUACUACUUCGAGAAUCUGAAGCUUUUGGAAUAGAUUUACCUUUUGUAUCUCAUGUUUUUAUUACCUUUUGUCCUCGAUCCGCGUGUUCAUUUCAACAUAUGUGUGGUCGUACAGGGAGAAUUGGAAAUCUAGGUUGGGUGUAUACCAUCACAGAUAAGCGAGAGGCCAAAAAUGUGCGAGAGAUUGCCCAACAAUUGGAAGUAGACUUUAUUCAUCACGUUAUUGAUUCUAAUCUAUUACAAAUAUCUUCAAAGGAUAUAGAUCGUCAAACGAAAGAAUAUGAACUCUAUGGAUUAGAUCCUCAGUAUGCAGUGAAACAGCAUUAUAUUGUGCAAACAGAAAAUCCAGAUAUGGCAUAUCGUAGUCGUGAAUUCUUUAGUAAACCUGCAGAAAAACAAUUUCAAAUGGAAGAUUACACUCCAAUACCUUUACAGCAUAGACGUUUUGUAAAUGCAAAGAAAAUAGCUCAAGAUGUGAAACAAGAUCCAUCUGUAGUACUCUCUUUACAGAAUCAAGGUCUACUGGAUAAGAAGUUUACGCCGACUCGAAAAUUGAGACAAUUUUUAAAUAAGAAAAGUCGAAAAGACGGUACACCUCUUUAUGAGGCAAAAAGAAAAAAAAGAGGGUAA